GGAGCACGAGCGCCUAGCGCAUGCAACCGAGUAAAAACCCGAUCUCAGUGCAAUACACAAAUAAGAUGGUGCGUGUGGUGUGUCGUGUGGGUUACUGUACACCACAAAAGGCUCGUUUGUGUCGCAGGCCGCGGGUUUGGUGACCUGUCUCUUUAAGGCGCUGCGCGUGUGGGAGGGAUUUUUCGCUUUCCUAGCCCUUCCCGCACUUGACAAUCCUCCAGAUCUCCCGCGACAAAGAAGUGUGCAAGCUGGUUAGUCGGCUGGAAUCGCCAAAAUCCCAGUACGUCGUUUUUAUUUAUGUUUAGCUACUGGGAUUACGUCAAACUUCAUCGGAAGACCUCCGGGAACAGCGCGCGGAGACGUCAGCCUGCUGGUCUCGUGCACUCUGCAACGAGAGUCCGUUUUUGGCGAGGUUCAGCGAACGUGGGAAAAACAAAACAAACAGGCAAAAACCUUUGCUGAGCUCGUUCGGAGUCGAGAUCUGAUUUCUGAACUUUCUGGGAUCGUUGUGGUCCCCGCGUUACGCCGCGCCGAGCGCGCAUACCCCCGGUCCUCCCUCCCGUUAUUGAUCGCGUGCCCAGAGGCGCGAGCAUGGGGCAUCCCCCGCUGGAGUUCAGCGACUGCUACACGGACAGCCCGGAUUUCAGGGAACGGCUGAAAUGCUAUGAAGCCGAACUGGAGAGGACGAGCAAGUUCCUGAAGGAUCUGAUCAAGGACGGGAACAACGUCAUCACCGCCAUAAGAGGUUAUUCUCUGGCAGUGCAGAAGUUCUCCCAAACCCUACAGGUGUUCCAGUUUGACUUCAUCGGUGACACUCUCACUGACGAUGAGAUCAACAUCGCUGAAUCGUUCCGUGAGUUUGCUGGUCUGCUACAGGAAGUAGAGGAAGACAGAAUGAUGCUGGUACAGAAUGCAUGUGACUUGCUUAUUAAGCCUUUGGAGAAGUUCAGAAAAGAUCAAAUUGGUGUCACAAAAGAGCGCCGUAAGAGGUUUGAAAAAGAGAGUGAGAAGUACUAUUCACAGCUUGACAAACACCUGAACUUGUCCUCCAAAAAGAAGGAGUCCCAGCUACAGGAGGCUGAUGAUCAACUAGAUAAGGAGAGACAAGCGUUCUAUGAGUCAUCUGUUGAAUACGUGUACCAGAUCCAGCAGGUCCAGGACAGGAAGAAGUUCGAUGUUGUUGAGCCUGUGUUGGCUUUCUUGCAGAACAUUUUGACCCUGAACAACCUCACAGUGGAGAUGACCCAAGACUUCCUACCAUACAAACAGGCACUGCAGCUCAGCCUGCAAAAUACACGUAACCACUUUGAGAGCACGCGGGAGGAGAUGGAGGAACUGAUGAAGAGGAUGAAGCAGCCCAAUGUCAUGGUCAGACAUGGACAGCAGCUGACCAUUGAGGGUCAUCUCUACAUACAGGAGAAAUGGGCUCUGGGCGUCACCUGGGUGAAAUACUACUGUAAAUAUAUGAAAGACUGUAAACUGCUGGUGAUGCUGCCAACAGAACAGAAACCCGCAACUAAACAGGGUCCUGUAGAGUUGACGGUGAAGUCCUGUAUCCGCCGUAAGACGGACUCCAUAGAUAAACGUUUCUGCUUCGACAUCGAGACUCAGGAGAGGCCCACAGUCACUCUGCAGGCCACCUCUGAGGCCAGCAGGAAGCAGUGGAUAGAAGCCAUGGAUGGAAAAGAGCCGAUAUAUCAUUCUCCCAUCCACAAACAGGCUGAGAUGGAGCUGAAUGACACUGGGUUCAAGUUCGUCAGAAAGUGCAUCAAUGUCAUCGAGGUGAAAGGACAGACUCAGGAAGGAGUGUAUCGAACUGUUGGCAGCAAUAUCCAAGUCCAAAAACUGCUGAACGCAUUCUUUGAUCCCAAGUGUCCAGGUGAUGUAGAUUUGAACAGCAGUGAAUGGGAUAUUAAGACCAUCACAAGUGCAAUGAAGUUCUAUCUUCGGAGCCUGAGUGAACCACUUAUGACCUAUAACCUGCACAGCAAACUCAUCACUUCAGCAAAAUCAGAGAAUCUGGAUUACCGUUUGGGAGCAGUACACUCGCUAGUGUACAAACUGCCCGAUCAGAACCGUGAGAUGCUGGAACUACUGAUCAAACACCUCGUAAGCAUUUGUAGCCAUAGCAGCGAGAACCUUAUGACAGCGUCCAACAUGGGCGUGAUAUUUGGCCCCACCCUGAUGAGGGCACCAGAGGAAACUGUCGCAGCCAUGCUGGACAUCAAGUUCCAGAACAUCAUCGUCGAGAUCCUGAUCGAGGACUAUGGGAAGAUCUUCAGUGGUCCUCCGGAGGAAAGUUCAGCACCACCAGUCCCGCCCCCGAGGGUGGCCCUGAGGAAACGACAGCCAAUCACAAUCUCCAAACGGCCUCCUAGGCUUUACCCCGCCCUCCAGCCGCCGAUAUUCGAGAAUGCGAAGCACGAACCCGCAAAUGAAAGAGGCUGCGAGCAGAAUGGCCCCUCCUACAAUGGGGCGGAGACUGGAGGGACAGACCCCACCCAUGCUAGUCCAGUCCCGCAUCAGAGAACCAAGCUAGCCCCGCCCUCUGUAGCCCCUCCCUCCAUCCCUCCCUCCUCUCCUCCACCUCGCGCCCCUCAACUCCGCCACUCAGUCCCGCCCAAACCCGCCAUGCGGCAUGAGCGCUAUUCCGACUGCGAGGUCUCCAGGCUGGUCUCUAGGAUACCCGACGGGGGUCAGAGGUCAGACGCCUUGGCGACGGCCAAUGGAGAGGUGGGAGUGAGCGUGGGCCGCGCCCAGUCUUUCCAGGCCAGGAAACCUCCCCCGCGGUCCAGCCCAGCGGUCAGAGACGCUGAGACUGAGGUCAAGGGUCGCCCUGUCGUUGAGAAGAGUCCAGUCUGCCGUCCUCCCACACGGCCUCCUGACCCACCCUCACGAUGUCCCACCAAUCAGAAAACACAAAACGACGAUGCACCAUCAUCAUAUGUUGCAUCCAAAACCAAGUUUUUUGAGAACGCUUCUAGACAGACUGGAAGCUCCCCCAACACCCCUGGAGCCAAUGACCUGCCGAGAUGAGCUGACAGCUCUGGUUGGAUGGUGAGGCUCUAGCAGACGUGCUGGUGAACAGAUGCACAUCGGAAAGCUACACAGACGCGUUUACCUGGUUAUGACCCCUUUUUGUGAGUGUGUGACAGUGUUUACGUGACUGAAUCCACCAGACGUUUGGGAGAGAAAUUAGCACACAGCUUCAUACAGCGAUGCUCCUAAUUACACAACCCCCCCACACAGCAGACUUGCUCUUUAGUAAAUUACUAAACACUGUAAAAAGAGCCCAUGUAGUUUGGCGUGAGUGUGUGUGUGUGUGUGUGUGUGUAGGUGUGUGUGUAGGUGUGUGUGUGUGUUCACUUUUCCUCUUAUCUUUUGUUUUUUGUUCUUUUCUUCCACCAAUGAGUAUAAAAGGAAAAAUUCCAAUAAGUUUCUGUUCAGAACAUUUAGCUCAUCCAAACCCAGCCCUGCUCACAAACCCACAGCCCUGCCCACAAACCCACUGGCCUUUUUUCCUGAGCAGGGUUUGAAACUCACCCCUGCUGCCAGACAUUGACUCGCCCCGUUAGAUUGACCCGAUUACAACACUGUUUUCAAACACACGGAAGGAACACAGAGAAGAGCAGCAUAAAUAUGUUCCUCAUGUUGGAGUUGGUAACCCUAUUGAACUAAGAUGACUAAUUGUGAAAACAAGACCCAGGUUGUAUUUUCCUAAAGCACACGGAUCAGAGGAAGUUGCCCUGUAGACAGUACUGGGAUGUUUACCACCUUGUCUGAAGGUCAAAGCACUUCUAUAUGCAAACCCAGAAGUUUGGACUCUAGUGUCUACGGCUUCUGCACUCCUUGUGAAAUAAACACUAAAGCUUU